AUGGAACUCAACGACCCUUCAAUUAUAUCAACCACUCAGUUUUCAGGCGAAUUGCCAAACAGUGAUAGUGCAGCCGCUACUCACAAAUCUCAGCAAGCCAUCUCCAAUCUAUUCCAAAAAUUAUCCAAAAAGGAAAAGGACGAGAAGCCAAUCGCCAGCGUAGAAUCUUCUAAUGAUAGCUCUAACACUUCUGCCGCUACAACUAGCAAUAAUAAAGAGAGCAAUAAGAAAAAAAAUAAGAAGACAGCUAUGCUAAACUUCAGCAGCUUGACGGACCCUAUAACGAACUACAAACCAAUGGAACUGCAAUACAAGACAUAUGCAUACUCUAUGAAUGAACUUUACCAUUUGAAGCCAACUUUGGCAAGUGCCUCACAUGAAGAAGACCCGCUCAUUGCGGAACUUGUGAAAAGUCUGCCUAAGAGAAAGUUCUGGCGAUUGCGCAUGGGACCUCCAGAUCAAAAGCAUGCUAAUAACCAUCAUUUCAAUGGUAACAAUAGCGGUGGCAGUUGGAAAGCUGGUUACAAAAACGGCAAAAAUGAUGAAAGAAGAAUGAGUAGGACCAAAAACGUGCAAGGGAGCAAGAGGAGAUCUCAACAGGACGAUGAAGACAAAAAGAUCGACCAAGAAAUGCUGGAAAUGGAUAAGAAUCUUCAAUUGGGAGGUGAUGUCGGUCACUCGAUUGCAGAUUUUGAGGACUGGAAGGCAAAGAUGAAAGAAUUAGAAAUGAAGAAGAUCUCAAAGACUAAAAGCGUUAGCAACUCCACCGCUAUUGCUCCUAGAGAAACCGCCACACAUGAAACAUCCACCGAUUUAAGACCUGCCAUGCCAAGCGGUUCUAAUUCAAUAACAGAUUUCCUGAAUUUAAAGAGACAAGAUAAAAAGGAAGAACCUUUACAACAAAUUUCUGGCACCCCUACUGGGCAUCCAAACCUAUCAAAAGUCACUAUAGAACAAGCAAAUGAUUUAGAAACUAACUCGGAUUUAGGUAAAAGUUCGUCAUCUCGCUUUUCAUCAUUUUUCAAUAAAUCUGCGACUUCAUUGCCUUCAUUAGAUACUAACAACCAGGCGCCGUCGCCAAAUGUAUCUGCAGUAAACAACGAUGCUAAUGGUACACAACAUCAAAGUGGCUCAAGGUUGAUGUCAUUCUUCAAAGAAUCUAGAUCGAGUACUCCAAAUGCAGAAUCGCAACUGUUAUCAACCUCUGACAAAGAUACUCGAAAGAUGCAGGCUCUUCCGCCAUUCCAGCAGCAAUCUCACCAACCGCAACAAAUGCAACCAUUGGCUUUUUCUCAGCAUCCUCCUAAUAAUAACGCGUUUUUCAAUGGGCUAUUAAACAAAGGUAAAAGUGAAGCUAACACGCCACCUCCGCCUCCAGGGCUAAUUCCUCAUCAAGGCCCACAAUAUCCUAUGAUGGGUGUACCACCAAAUUUUCCACAACACAUGAUGCCACCGCCACCAGGUCUUGUUCAAUUUCAGAAAGGUUCUAAAGAUGUAAAUAAAAAGAAUGAUGAACAAUCAAGGCAGAAUAAGAACGUCAACGGGUCUAGGAAUAGCAAGGGAAAACAAGCGACAACAGCAACAACAGAUUUACCUCAACAGCAAUACAUGCCACCACCUCCACCUCCAGGAUUCUUCCCCAUGCAUCCUAACUUUCCUAACGGUCCAAUGCCACCAUUACCGCAGGGGUUCCCAAUGCCACCAAAUGGUAUGUUGCCAGUAGCAGGUCAACAACCACAGCCUCCUUAUCCAAACAUGAUGCUACAAGGAAAUUUCCCACCUAAUUUUCAACAAGGCUUUGGUGGAAACUCGCCUAUGCCAAUGCCAUCUAUUAUUGAUGCCAAUAACAAAAAUGUUAAUAAUCAAUUACCACCAGGAUUAAACUCUAAAAAGAACAUAAAAUGA